UUCAGCCAUUUACCAGAAACAUUUCUCAGUUCCACGGAGUACUCGGAGCAACUAGAACUCAUAGACUCACGGAGUACUCGGAGCAACUAGAACUCAUAGACUCACGGAGUACUCGGAGCAACUAGAACUCAUAGACUCACGGAGUUAAAAACAUUCAAUAAUCCAAUUUCCAAUUUAGGUCGUCAUUCCUAACAAGAGCUUUUGAAUGUCCUUGCUCAAAUGUGGACAUUAUGGUACCAAGACAGCAAUUUCAAAUUAAGGUAGGCAGGACAGUAUCAAGAUGAAACGCCUUCUCUCCCUAUGUCUCCUUAUCCUAAAGUUUGGUUUGGGUCGAGGUCGGAUGGAUACUAAUGAGGAUAUGUUGUGCAAGGAGAACGGAGAAAUAAAUACUCAUAUUUGUUUACCAAGAGGAUACAACAAGUUUGAUUUACCGUACAACAACCAAGUCAAUGUAAUUGACAUAGGAAUUGAUAUAACUGAUGUUCUACGAAUAAAUGACAAGGAGUACAGUGUAGAGUUUAGCUGCUACUUCAACGUGAUGUGGAAAGAACCCCGUCUUCAUAUUCCAGAACAGCUUCUAGAGGAGUUGAAUAUGAAAAAUAGUGAUGCAAUGUUCCCGGUUAAUGUAGAGCUGGUCAACCUACUCUGGCUCCCAAACGUUUAUAUAUACAAUCUCAAAACAUUCAAGGUUGUUGAAGUACUCUCUAAGCAUGCUGGACUUUGGAUAACAAGAAAUAAAGAAGUCAUGUACUCACAGGCAACACAUAUAAACUUCAUCUGUCCAAUGAGGUUCGACACGUUUCCCCUGGAUACCCAGGCGUGUAAGUUCCAAGUUGGAUCCUAUUCCUACGAGCAUUCAAAGAUGAUUUUCACUCAGACGAACAAAGUUCAAGGAUAUGUGAAAACAGCCAAUUCCGUGGUACUGGACUACGCAGUUAAAACAGAGCCCUUAAAAGGCGAGGAUUUAAUCCUGGAUUACGGUGAUCUUGGGAACUUCAGUGUUGCUGGGUUUGAGAUGGAUCUUCAUAGACAUGUGUCUCAUUAUCUCAUCACAUACUACCUUCCUUCAGGACUAUUUGUUGUUGUAUCCUGGAUAAGCUUUGUAGUCCCUCCUGACGUUAUCCCGGGACGGAUGGCGUUAUUGAUCACCUUGUUCCUGGUGCUUGUCAAUAUAUUCAAUACAGUCACCAGUAACACACCUAAAGCUGAAGGAUUAACAGCCAUUGAAGCUUGGAUGUUGUCCUGUAUUCUCUUUGUAUUUGGAGCUCUUGUCGAAUAUGCUGUCAUUCUGUUCCAAAGCCAGCGAGGGAAACCGAAUCCAGUUCAAAAUCAUCUUAAAAGGCAUUCACGGAUAAUUUGCCGUGAGAACUUCAAGUAUGAAGUGAGUUCUGAGAAUGGAAUAAAUCCUCUCCACAAUAUGCUCGACCUAGAAGAACCAAAGGUACUAACCGCUCCUACACCUCAACUCUACCUAUUUGUCACAAAUAGCACUUGGAAUUGAUUUCUUAGUGGAAAAAUGUUGUGACUCCAUUUUUAAGACCACUAGGCAAAACUAGGAUUUGGACACAAAACUCAAAGUACAGAAUCAAUGUGAAAUAAAUUCCUAGCCUAUCCUCCUAUGUGGCCACUAGCUCUUCCACCCCCCCUGCCUUAACCUUCAAGUCUGAUCAGCUUCAGUUUGCUGCAUCAGAUCACAACAUACAAUUACAAUUGAGCAGAACGUCCCGAAUACUGGUUUCGACAGAUUUUAAUUUUUUUCAAAAUCAUCUGCAUUUGGGACAGUCAACUGAAGGAAAUGAAAAAAGGAAGGAGAGAAACGAAGACAAUA